UGACACACAAACGCAGUAAUGCCCUGGGUUUAGCCUUUAAAUAAGCAUUAUAUAACAGCAGUCACAUCGCACCGGCGACUAGAGGAAACGGCAGUUGUGUGGAAACUUUGCGCUCUCGUCUUUCGAAAACCGCGCGUCCGUGUCGAUCUCGCUAUGAGUUCGCGAACUAAUGUUUCUUGUUUACACGAAGCCAAACGGGUGGCUAUUUUUGGAGGCACACAUGGAAAUGAGAUGUCUGGCAUAACGCUGGUAAAUAUGUGGAAACAGAAUUCAGCCGAAAUAGAGAGAAACGGACUGCUGAUCAAGCCGUUCAUAAGCAACCCUAAAGCAGUGGAGAAAUGUACCAGGUACAUCGACACGGAUCUGAACAGAGCCUUUACGCCCGAGAACCUCAGUGCUCCAGAUGUUGAAGGGCUGCUAUAUGAAGUCCAGAGGGCCAAGGAAAUAAAUCGGAUGUUCGGACACAAAGGAAGCUCGGAUGCAUAUGAUGUCAUCUUUGACCUUCACAACACCACCUCAAACAUGGGCUCCACCCUCAUCCUGGAAAGCUCAACAGACCUCUUCAACCUUCAGAUGGUGCAUUAUAUUAAAAAAGCUAUGGCUCCCCAUACCUGUUCAGUACUCUUAAACGAACACCCACAGCUGAAGUAUUCAACCACACGCUCUGUGGCCAAACACCCUAUUGGUCUUGAGGUGGGCCCUCAGCCGCAGGGUGUUUUGAGGAGCAAUGUAUUUGAGUCCAUGAGGACGAUACUGAAGCAUGCGCUGGACUUCAACGAGUUCUUCAAUAGUGGUGUAGAGUUUCCUCCAUGUACAGUAGAUGUAUUCAGAGUCCAGGAGAGAAUGGACUACCCCAGAGACACCAACGGCAACAUCACAGCCAUGGUGCAUCCUCAUCUACAGGACUGUGACUGGGAGCCUUUGAACCGGGGUGACCCUAUGUUCCUAACGUUUGAUGGGAGAACAAUCCUUUAUGAAGGUGCCAACACAGUGUACCCCACGUUUAUUAAUGAGGCUGCAUAUUAUGAAAAACAGCAGGCUUUCACGACCACUUGUAGAGAAAUACUAGCUGCUAAUGCUAUCAGAAAAGCAUUCAAGUAAUGUUUUCUCUUAAAAGUCACUAUGACACUCAGAUAGUUGACAUGCCAUCUUUGUUAUUUACUGUACUUUUAACUAAAUGUCAGCUUCAACAUUUUUCUAAUUCUGGAAUAAAUAUAAUGGAGUUUUAUGACCUUUAUU